AUGUUUCUAAUAUUUUUGUUCCGGGCUCCACAGAGUCUAUUUUUUAUGGCCCUAACUUUAGUCUCAUGUAUUAGCCGUCCGUUUGUCGGCUUGUUAGAUUUGUGCUUCUAGGCUUAGUUUCUUUUCCGCAGUUACGUGUAGUUAUUGUUUAGCCUAUAUUUAGUGUGGUUUAUUAUUUUUGAGUGAUUUGUUCUGUUUUUUUUCUUUUGCCUCGGUGGCAUUUACGCUGGUCUCGGUGACCUUGUUUGUACCUUCACUGAUCCCGACGGGUCGUACCGUUACAUUCUUGCGUGACCUCGGUCAGUUUUGAAUCCUUCCAGGUCCCCCAUAUAUAUGGUCGAGUGCGCCUCGGUGGCCACUCUCUUGUUAUGUAUCUGUGUGAUAGUUGUAUGUUUUUUCACUACAUAUUACCGCGCGUUUCCUUUUUUCUGCUCCUUUUUUCUCGUGCAUCUUUUUCAUUUUUUAAGUCCUUAUAUUGAAUCCAUAUGGUCUUUUAUUUCUUCUGUUUUUCAGAUGUUUUUCGCUAGCCCUAUGUGGGCUGAGCUUAACGAUGUCAGAGCUCCCUCCCUACGCUGCGUAGCAAAAAAGCUACCGGAGGUAGUCCUUGGUUCCAGGGCAGAUUCGACUACUCUCACCUACCUCAACAGUUUUAAGCGAUGGCAUGCUUGGGCCAACAGAUUUCCCGAGGUGGCAGUGCUGCCUGCUACUCCGGCUUACGUUUCUUCAUACCUGCUCAGUGUUCUCCAGGCUUCUAGUUCUCCUGCGCCGGUCCAGAACGCCCUCUAUAGCAUCCGCUGGGCUCAUGAUUUUGCUGGUUUUGACUCUCCUACCAAUCAUACACUUCCCCAGAAGGUCGUGGAGUCCGCUAAGAGAAGGCUAUUACACCUUACUUCCAAAAAGCUAACCAUUACACCCGAAAUUUUACUAACGUUUUUUCAGAGUCUCGAUGGAUCUUUGGUGGACACGAGAUUCAUCGCCAUGGCGUUACUGGCCUUUGCGGGGUUCUUAAGAUUUGACGAAUUGGCUAAUCUGAAACUUAAAGAUUUAGCUCUGCAUGACACCUCGUUUUGA